AUGACUUCUGCACCGACAAUCCUUGCGACGUGCAAGCAGACACGGUUCCACUUGUUGGACGAAAGUCCCUCAUCCGAGAUUGAUGUCGAAGGACUCAACAUCAUCGUAAUAUCCUCCACCCCUGAUACGGAAGAGACGAAGACAAAAUCCAAGGGGAAAACCAAGGCCAAGGCUGCAGGAAGAGAACUCAUCUCAGAUGCGCAUCUUCGCUUCAAGGCCGGCGUCCAUUAUGGUCUGCUCGGCCGCAACGGAACUGGAAAGUCGACACUUCUUCGGGCCAUGGCUGAGAAGUUAAUCCCUGGCAUUCCCCAUGCAACCCGCAUCGCUAUCCUACAACAAACCGAUGAACAAGAGGAGUCCUAUGGCGCCGUUCUGAACCAGGACAAGACUGUUCUGGAAUCUGUGCUUAGUAGCGACGAGUCUCGAAACGAGGCCGUUCGAAUGGCCGAUUUUCUCUCCAAGAGCUUCGAGACUGAAGAUCCCAUGCAACCUGUGCGUGCCAUUCGCAAAAUCAGACACCAAAAAGCAGAGAAACACCUGUUCCUCGCACACAAGAACGCAAGCCUGAAGAGUGGUGCUCGAGGCCUACAGGCGAGGAAAGAAUUGAAAGCCGCGGAAGUGAAACUCGAGGCGAGUGCGGAGAUGUUGGCUCAAGAUGUAGAGGCUAUUGAUGCGGACGUGGUUCAGUCAGACACACAAGCCGCUGUCGAGACACUGCAGAGUCUGCAGUCCCAAUUGGAAGAUAUGAAACUCGCGGACUUGGAGCAGCAGGCUCGGCGAAUCCUUGUUGGCCUUGGUUUCAAGGAGGAAGCAUUCGAGAAAAAGAUCUCCACACUGUCUGGAGGUUGGCGCAUGCGAUGUAUGCUAGCCAGUGUUCUUGUUCAAGAUCCUGAUAUCAUGAUCCUUGAUGAGCCGACCAACUUCCUAGACCUUCUUGGAGUGGUGUGGCUAGAAAAUUAUCUGAAACAGCUUCGCGACACAUCAGAGACAACCAUUGUCUUGGUGUCGCAUGACAGGGAUUUCAUCAACGCUGUCUGUGAGGAGAUUGCCAUUAUCCGAGAUCAGAAGGUGACCUAUUUCCGAGGAAACCUCGCAGCGUACGAAGAAGAUUUCGAGGCACAGAAACUCUACUUGGGGCGGAUGAAGGAGGCCCAGGAGCGACAAAUUGCGCACAUGGAAAAUAGCAUUCGCGAGAACAUGAAGCUGGGAAAGAAGACCGGCGACGAGAACAAGCUGAGGCAAGCCAAGUCACGGCAGAAGAAGGUCGAGGACCGUAUGGGUCUCCAGGUUAGUGCGAGCGGGGGCCGGUUCAAAUUGAAUCGCGACCUGGUUGGUUGGCAUGAACACAAACGGGCAGAGAUCGAGGUCCCUGAGGACGAACGGGGCGCAAGUAUGAGCCUUCCCGAUGCCACUGAGCUGCGAUUCCCUGGUCCGCUGGUCUCACUUGAAGAUAUCGUGUUUCAGUACAAGAAGACAGACCGCGUCAUUCUGGAUACCGUGAACUUGGUGAUUCACCUCGGUGACCGUGUUGGAAUCAUGGGACUGAACGGAUCCGGCAAGACCACACUGCUACGGGUCUUGACGGGACAGGUCGCUCCUUCCAAGGGUAAAGUCUCAACUCACUCUCGAUUGAAGGUGGGCUACUAUAGCCAGCAUUCGGUGGAGGAGUUGCAAGACCGUGGCCGCGCGGAACCUCAUAUGACUGCGCUAAGCCUGUUGACGACUGAGACCGAGGGAAACCUAAAUGAGGGCGCCAUCAGGGGGUUAUUGUCCUCAAUGGGGUUGGCGGGGCGCAUCGCAUCUGAUGUACCCGUGGCCAAGCUCUCCGGUGGACAACUGGUCCGUCUUGCGUUGGCUCGAAUCGUCUGGAGUGCACCGCAACUUCUCAUCCUGGAUGAGAUCACCACGCAUCUGGACUUCCACACUGUCACUGCAUUGGCUACGGCAUUGUCAUCCUUCAAUGGUGCUGUGCUUCUGAUUUCCCAUGAUCGAUUCCUAGUGCGGUCCGUGAUCGAGGGUAAGCGAGACACAGACCAUAAACUCGACGAAGACUUUGAAGGGUUAGAGACAGAAGAAGCCGAGGAGACGCAAAGACGCCGGUCGGUCUUUGUGAUCAAACAAGGCAAAAUGACAGAGCAGAAGAACGGGGUGGAGCAGUUCGAGAAGAGUUUAGUGAAGCGCCCCAUCACCUGGGGCCGGACGAUAGUGACAACCCGUCACCAGAGUACUUACGCAAGACCCGCCACAACCUCCGAAUUUCCUCCUCCAGAACGAUCAGUGCAAUCGCCCAGGCUGCCGACACUAAAAUCUGCCAAGCCUUUCUCCGAGUUCCUCACAGACACCUUCAAUCGCCAACAUGACUAUCUCCGCAUAAGCGUCACGGAACGGUGCAAUCUGCGAUGUCUAUACUGCAUGCCCGAAGAGGGCAUCGAUCUCUCACCGUCCGCGAAACUGCUCACAUCCCCUGAAAUCCUAUAUUUAUCUUCGUUGUUCGUGUCACAGGGCGUGACCAAGAUCCGGCUGACGGGCGGAGAACCGACGGUCCGCAAGGACAUUGUGCCACUGAUGCAAGACAUUGGCAAACUGCGACAGAGUGGCCUGCGGGAGCUGUGUCUCACAACGAAUGGCAUCUCAUUACAUCGAAAACUGGACCCGAUGGUGGAGGCCGGGUUGACGGGAGUCAAUCUCAGCCUCGACACUUUGGAUCCGUUCCAGUUCCAGAUCAUGACGCGACGCAAAGGCUUUGAUGCUGUGAUGAAGAGCAUCGACCGAAUUCUGGAAAUGAACAAGGUCGGGGCCGGUAUCAAGCUGAAGAUCAAUUGUGUUGUCAUGCGAGGCAUGAACGACCGGGAGAUUCUCCCGUUCGUCGAGCUGGGCCGUGACAAGCCCAUUGAGGUCCGGUUCAUCGAGUAUAUGCCGUUUGAUGGAAAUAAAUGGAACCAGGGAAAGAUGUUUCCAUACCAAGAGAUGCUCGCUGUCAUCCGAGAAAAGUAUCCCACGUUUGAGAAAGUGGCCGACCACAAGAAUGACACCAGCAAGACAUACUGCGUACCGGGCUUCGAAGGCCGGGUGGGAUUCAUUACCAGCAUGACGCAUAACUUCUGCGGUACCUGCAAUCGGUUGCGCAUCACCAGCGACGGCAACCUCAAGGUUUGCUUGUUUGGCAACUCCGAGGUCUCCUUGCGCGAUAUCAUUCGCAAGGAGAACAACGGGGCUCCGAUUGACGUGGACACCAUGAACAACCUUCAGCUUUUGGAAACUAUCCAGAAAGCUGCCCGCCUCAGCGAUGGAGGCGAGCUGACCAACGAACGCGAACGAGAGAUUCUCGACAUCAUUGGGAUGGCCGUGAAACGCAAGAAGGCGAAACACGCGGGCAUGGAGGAGCUGAAAGAUAUGAAGAACCGGCCCAUGAUAUUAAUCGACCAUAACUGGAGCAAGAGACCCCAGCCUCGACAGCACCCAUGGUCCAGGAUUCCCACCAACUUGCUCUCAUCUCCCAUGUCACAAAUCCGUCUCUACCACAAUGCAUCAAAGCCUCCAACCCCAAAUCCACGCCCCUCUCACUCUCUCCCGACCACCUCUGACCCGGAUCUCCCCCACCUCACCCCCUCCAAGACCGUGCAUAUGACGCAGAUCACUUCGAAGCCUGAAACCGAGCGCGUGGCAACAGCAGCCUGCACUGUCACGUUCUCCAACGCCCGCCCCUACGAUAUUCUCCGCCAGGGCCACACCCACAAAGGCGACGUCUUCAGCGUUGCCCGCAUUGCCGGCAUUAUGGCCGCCAAGCGCACCCCAGAUAUCAUCCCCCUCUGCCAUCCGGGAAUUGGUAUUACAGGCGUCGAGGUGAGCGUGGAACUAGUCGAGCCGGACAAUAACCACGGCGCCAUGCAUGUUGUGGCGUCGGUCAGCUGUUCUGGUCGUACGGGAGUGGAGAUGGAAGCUAUGACUGCUACGAUGGGCGCUGCGCUGACGAUUUAUGACAUGCUGAAGGCUGUAGACAAAGGGAUGAUCAUUGAGGCUGUUCGGCUGUUGGAGAAGAAGGGCGGCAAGAGCGGACAUUGGGUCAGGGAGGGCCCGAGGGACUAG